UACAAAAUAUGAAUACAAGGGAUUCAAGAGGUAGAAAAAGGAGGUCUUCACCAGUUGAUGAAGUACAGAAUAUGAAAAUAAGCAAAAAAUCAAUGGGUGACUGCAGUACUUAUGAAGGAAAUGAAGGAAACCAUUGCAAGUUGGAUAUGCCUUCUAGGGCUGGAUAUCGCCGUCAGUUGAUGAUUGGUCUUGAAAGUCACACGAUAGUCCUCAUACAGGGUCCCACUGGUAGUGGUAAGACCUUUAUAGUAAAGGAAGUUGCUCAAGAAUUGGAUUUACCAUGUCGAAUCAUACAAAUGAGUGAUCAAAUUGAUUCUAAAAGUUUAUUUGGGACAUUUCAUUGUCUUGAUGUAGCUGGUGAAUUUCACUGGAAAGAAAGUAAUUUCGCAAAGUAUAUUCGAGAACGUGGGAUUAUAUUGUUUGAGGACGUUGAUAGUGCUCCAGCUGAUUUGAUAUCUCAGAUAAUCGAUUUAUGUAAUGAUCGCAAAGUUCGCUUAAUGUCUGGCGAAAUAAUACAGAUGCACCGUGAAGCUUAUAUUGUCUUCACAAUAAGGAAUAUUGAGCACAAAAGAAGCUUUAAAUCAGUCGACAGCGAAAUGUUAAUCACCUCUCUUCCAUUUGAAAUUUCAUUGCCACCUUUCACUAAUGAAGAAUUAUUUCGUGCGAUUUCCAUAUUAUAUACCAGGGUCGCUGGAAUUGGUCAAAAAUUGAUAGAUCUUUUCAGUGAGCUCGCACUGCAUGUAAUAAAUAGGGUGGAUAAAAGACAGUUGGGCACAACGGACUUAUUGAAAGCAUGUGCACGUCUUAAUGAUUUGGAUGAUUUAUCGGAUUCAGUAGCGGUACUUCGGGAACUUGUUGAUUGUUGGACGGUUCACUGUAAUGAAAAGAAAGAUGUGCUUAGACUAUCAGGAAUGAUCGCCGAUAAUUUAUCGUUGAAUAGUGAUCAGUUCCUCUAUGAGAUGAAUUUGCGAAUGCCAGAAAUUUUUGUGACAGUGGAUGAAGUGAAGUGUGGUCGAGUAAAUUUGAAGAAAAGUCGAACAAUAAUAGUUGAUAAAAGUGAAUUCAAUAAAGUAAUGGUUAAGGUAGCGUUGAAAUCAAAAAUUAAUCAAAUGUUUGAAUUCUUUAGUAAAUCGGAGCGUUUUGGUCUCACACGCGAUGUUUGUCAGUUGUUAGAACGAAUAGCAGUUUGUGUUAAUCGUAUGGAACCAGUAUUGCUUGUUGGUGAAACUGGUAUCGGUAAGACAGCUGUUAUUCAAAUGCUGGCUGAUCAUGUUCGUGUCACUCUUCGAGUUGUAAAUCUAAGUCAACAUUCUGAUUCAUCAGAUCUGAUUGGCGGGUAUAAACCAGUGUCAAUACGACAUUUGUUAGAACCGCUAAAAAAAGAUUAUGAUCGCUUGUUUGCUGCAACUUUUGAUAUGAAGAAGAAUGAAAAGUUUCUGUCACACUUGAAAAUGUGUUUAUCAAAUGGACGAUAUAGUGACUAUGUAAAGAUGAUUGUGGAAACAGCACGUAGAACACUGGGAAUGUCUCUGAAAAUUCGUAUUGCAAAGUUGUGGGCUGAUUUACUCGUUAGAGCAGAGCGUUGUAAAGAAUCAUUAAAUUCAUCUUCAUUCUCAUUUGCUUAUAUCCAUGGAGCGGUCGCGCAAGCAGCUAGUCGGGGUGACUGGCUCUUAAUUGAUGAAAUCAAUUUGGCGACACCUGAAUGUCUGGAUGCCGUCGUAAACUUGACCGAAGAUACUAGAUCAAAGCAUUCAAAUUUUCGUUUAUUUGCUUGUAUGAAUCCUGCUAGUGAUAUUGGGAAACGAAAUUUGCCCUAUGGAAUAAGGAAUCGAUUUACGGAAAUCUUCGUUCAUGAGACAACUGAAAUUGAUCAGUUACAUGUAAUUGCUCGUGCAUAUCUACCAUCGACUGACGUAUCCAAAAUAUCCAUUUUGCUAGAACUUUAUCAAACACUGCGUGCAACUCUCCCCAGAAAAUAUAGUUUACGUACUUUAUGUCGGGCGUUAGCAUUUACGGCAGAAAAUAUUUUUGGAAGUGAGACACGUAGUAUGUAUGAAGCUGCAUUGAUGUCAUUUAUGAGCAAUCUUGGCACCGAAGAGCAAGUCUUAGUUGAAAAGCUGAUUCGUAAUAAAUUAAGUAAAGUACAGAUGGGCAAAGUACCAGCAAAAUUUAUGGAGAAUCAUGUAAAAGUUGAGCAGUACUGGAUUGAAAAAGGAAAUCUAGAACUUCAAGACGAUCCUAAAUAUGUUUAUACACCUUCAGUUAGAAAAAAUUUAACUCAUCUUGCUCGAGUGGUUUGUAGUGGAAAGUUUUCAGUACUGUUGGAAGGUGAAACGUCUUGCGGAAAAACUGCUAUGAUACUCCAUCUUGCGAAAAUCACCGGGAAUACUGUCAUUCGCAUUAACAAUCAUGAGCAUACGGAUCUUCAAGAAUAUAUUGGAUCAUAUGUGCCAGAUGGUGAUGGUCGAUUUGCUUUUGUCGAAGGCCCGUUAGUUAAAGCUACUCGAAAUGGAUACUGGAUUAUUCUUGAUGAAUUGAAUCUCGCACCAACAGAUGUCAUUGAGGCUUUAAAUAGGUUAUUGGAUGAUAAUCGUGAAUUGUUCAUCGCUGAAACAAAUGCUGUUGUAAAAGCUCAUCCUAAAUUUCGAUUAUUUGCGACACAAAACCCAGCUUGUACUUACGCUGGUCGUAAACGUCUCUCACGUGCUUUGCUUAAUCGCUUUGUUGUUUUGCGAUUUGACCAACUGCCAUGUGAUGAACUAGCGCGGAUGGUGACGGAGAGCUGUAAUAUUGCUAUUUCGGCUGCAAAAGUGAUGGUAUCAGUAUUUACUGAUUUACGUGUUCAGCGUAGCACAGUUGGCGUUUUUUCUGCUAAUGAUGGAUUAAUAACACUUCGUGACUUGUUCAGAUGGGGGCAACGGCUUGCAGGAACAGAUCAUAAUGACUGGCGUCAGAGCUUAGCAGAACAUGGAUUUCUCUUGCUUGGUUCUCGAUGCCGUAAUAAAACUGAUGCAGAAUGUGUGAAGAAAACUUUAGAAAAAAAUUUGAAACGUCAGAUUGAUGUCGAGGACUUGUUCGCCAGAGAUUCAAAUUAUUUACCGAUUGAAUUUCGAUAUUGUAACGUGGUUAACAAUAUCGUUUUAACUGAUGCCAUUCGAAGGAUGAUUAUUUUGGUAACACAAAGUUGGCGUUUUAAUGAACCAGUUUUAAUUGUUGGCGAGACAGGAUGCGGCAAGACAACAGUAGCUGAGCUGCUAACAAAUGGGACAUUGCUGACGUUGAAUUGUCAUGAACGAACAGAAGCUGCUGAUUUCUUGGGUUCGUUACGUCCAGUUGGCGAUGGAACUUUUAAAUGGAUAGAUGGCGUGGUUAUACAAGCGAUGAGAGAAGGUCGGCCGGUGUUAAUCGAUGAGAUCUCAUUGGCUUCUGAUUCGGUAUUGGAGCGGUUGAAUCCCUUGUUGGAACCAUCAAGAUUAUUGCUUCUGAAUGAUGCUGGCGUAUCAAGCACUGAAGUAAAAGCUGAAAGAGGUUUUAAUCUUUCAAAGGCAUUAAGAAACAGAUUUACGGAAAUUUGGUGUCAAGCGGAUGUUUCUACCAAUGAUUUGGUUGCCAUUGUCAAUCAUCUUUUAAGCUCAGUCUCUAUGCUUGAUGAACAUAGAUCUGCUAUUAAUAGAUGUAUUGUACAAUUUGUGCUAUGGUUUGGUGAAAACUUUUCGCAUGUUUUAAGGAUAACUAUCACGAUUCGUGACAUAGUAACAGUAACAAAACUCGUUGCUGCCACAAUUCCACUUACUGACUCUAUCUCUGAUUCCAUUUAUCAUGCUUUUUCGGCAACUCUUUUCGAUGCUUUCGGUACCAUAUCGACACGUAUCAAUAUAGAUUGCGAAUAUCUGAAAAAGAAAGCUAUUGAACAACUUUGCCUAGUCAUGGAAAAAGAGUUGGGGAGUGCUUGUAAUAUUUUCUCUAUUGUGAAUCCCAGUGUUUUAGCCAUUGAUGAAGACAGAUUGAAUAGUUUAGUAAUCGAUAAGUUUCUCAUUCCUUUUGGAUCGUCGAGGCGAUUUGUACCUGAAGGUUUCACAUUUAAUUCAUUAACAUGCAGGAAAAAUAUUUUGAGGAUUGCUCGUGGAUUAAUUAUCGAUAAACCAAUAUUAUUGGAAGGUCCACCAGGUUGUGGGAAGUCCAGCACCGUUGUUGCCCUCUCUUCAAUAACAGGUCAUCCAUUAACGCGAUUAAAUCUCUCGGAACAAACGGAUUUGUCAGAUUUAUUUGGUAGUGAUGUACCAAUCGUUUUAUCAGAUGGAACACCUUCUUUUGCUUGGAGAGAUGGACCAAUUUUACACGCUAUCAAAACAGGACGCUGGAUGAAUUUGGCAUCUCAAAGUAUUUUGGAAGGUUUAAAUGCAUGUUUUGAUCAUCGUCACCAGCUUUUUAUACCACAACUUAAUCGAACAUUUGAUGUUGGUGCAAAUUCCACAAGAACACGUUUUUUUGCCUGUCAAAAUCCAUGUGCUCAAGGUGGUGAUCGGCGAAAUCUACCAAAAUCAUUUAUGAACCGUUUCACAUCGAUUUAUAUAUCUGAAAUGGAGGCGUCAGAUUACCUCGUUGUCAUGAAAAAUUCAUUUGAAUCUGUAUUGGGAGCGGAUGUUAUACAACGUAUGGUGAAUUUGAAUACUUCAAUAUUAAAUUUUAUGAAAAAGGAUACGCAGUUUCUUCGUGACGGAUCACCAUUUGAAUUUAAUUUGCGAGAUUUAUUGAGAUGGGCAGAGUUAACGAAAGAGGCGGGUGGAAAUGUAUUAAGAAGUGGUGGUGAUAUUGCUUACGGUUUUAAUUUGCUCUAUAUAUGGCGACUUCGUAGUAAAGAAGAUAAAGAAAAAGUAUCGUCAAAUUUUAUUAAUGAUAUGUUUAUAAGGGAUUUUCAUAACAAUUAUCAAAUAAUUUACAGAAAUAGUUUUCACUCUACUUAUUACUUCUGCACAAGAGCAUGUAUGCGGAUUUUGUUUCAUGAAAGUUUCCAGUUUGAAUGCACUGAGACAUUAGCAUCGUUUUCAGUGAAUGAUGCUUAUUUGCAAAUAGGAAAAGUAGAAAUAAAACGACCACAAGCAUUCUGUGGGCCGAAAAACCUGCAAUUAUUAUCAUCACAAGUGAUAUUACUUGAUAAACUUGCUGUCUGUGUUAGGAUGAAUUGGCUCACAUUACUUGUUGGUAAAAGAGGUUCCGGGAAGGCAUCUGCUAUAAAAACUUUAGCAUCUUUAUUUGGCACGGAGUUGCACACAAUACGUCUAACUACGGAAUCUGAUUCACUUGAUCUUCUUGGGUCAUUUGAACAGGUUUCUGGUCACGUUAAUCUCACUAAUCUGAAGAGAAAAUGCUUGGAUUCGCUUGCGUCAUUUCCAGCAUUGUUGAAUGAUGUGAAAAGUGCUGAAGAUGCGUUUGCCUUAAGAUUGGUUGUACAGAGUGCAAUACUUCUUGUAGAUAAACGAACUGCUGAAAAACUCGAAGAGUGCAAUCAAGAAUUAAAUAAAAAUAGAAUGCGUUUUGGAUGGGUGAAUAGUCCAUUUGUCAAUGCAUUUAUCAAUGGUGAUUGGAUAUUAAUUGAAAAUGUCAAUUGCUGCAGCGCAGCAGUAUUAGACCGGCUGAAUGCUUGUUUGGAAAGCAGUGGGGAGUUGACUUUACCGGAAUCUGGAAACGCAAAUUCUGUUAUGAAAGCGCACAAAAAUUUCCGAGUAUUCUUUACUAUGGAUCAUAAUUAUGGUAGGGUAUCGCGUGCUAUGCGUAAUCGUUCAGUAGAACUCUUCCUUUCACCUGACGAAUGCACAUGGUUUACAAAACCACAAGAUAUUGCGAGCGUUGUUUUGAAUACGGAAAGUGAAGGUAUUAUUCAAAUUCCCUCAGCAGUAAUGGAAGCAUGCAGAAAUCUUUCGUGUUGGGAGUUAUUGAAGUUAAAAAUGUUUUUGAGAAGAGAUGGUAAAGAUUUUGAGACUGAAUUAAAGAAUUUCAAAGAUAUAACAUUUGAAGAAUCAGGAAGUGUUUGCAACGAAGAAAAAUACAUAGUUCGACCCACGGUUAAUGAAAAUUUUGCUAUUAUAUAUAAACAGUGGGAAAUUCUGGUUUGGGCUUUUGUAAGUGAACAUGAUUGGUUACUUGGUGUGUUAUGGGCUUCAUUAUCAGUUCCUUUCAACAAAUCAGAAGUCGACGGAGUUAUUGAAAAGUUUAGUUGGACCGAUAGUAAGUCAAAGAAGAAAGCCGUUAAAAUGAUUGAGAAGUUGAAACAAAAUGAAAAUUUUAAUUAUGACGAACGUUUUCAUGGUUCUCCGUUUCUGCGAAUUUCUGAACCGCUCAAUACAUUCGUUGAUCAAGACAAAUUCAUCAUUAAAAUGUGUGCUGUGUGGGCAAAGCUUCAUUUAGACACGAUAUUGCCUAAAGAAUUCUCGGCUGUUGAAAUAAGCAACCUUUUUUCAAAAGUGUCCGAAUCAUGCUCGAUUAUAUGGAACAUUUUACUUUUCGUCGAAUCUUGCCAUCAAACACUAAAUACACUAGUUGGUGGUGCUUCUAUGCAAAUUGCUUGGGAACGAUUGAAUAGCCAGCAGUCAUCAAGUUUAUGUAGUGUUGCAAAUGCUGUUGAUAAAGUGUGGAUUGUGGACAAAAGAGCUUGGGAACAUUUUAUUACUUUCCACGAACUCUGCAACUUUAUUGUGCCAUUUCGAUGCUAUGAACAGUGGAAUGAAUAUUGGUGGAAACAAAAACUGAGAAAAUUGCUCUCAAGCAACAUUGAAACUCGUAACGAAGAUUGCUCUAUAGAAGGAAAUGGCGAAGAAAUUGAGAAAUUUGAUAUUUUUGACAUAUCCUGUAGACUAUUGAAAGACGUUUUUUGCGGCUUCGCCAUGUUAAAUAAUGGAAACAAACAAAAUAUCGAUUUAGGUUGGAUUGCACUGGGUACCCAACUUUUCUCCUUAUUAUGGCAUUCAAUGGAUUUCAAAUCAGUUCCAGAAAAAUUUACUUUAGCUAACUUCAUUGAUUUUCCACUACAACACAAGCUUUUAUGUUUGUAUUGUUGGAAAUUAGGACCACAUUUGGGCUCAUUCAAGUUACAUUACAAAGAAAUGCUUUCGACUGCAAUCGGUCAAUUUGAAUCCGUGGUAGAAAUUCCAGCGCUAAAAUCAUCAAAUAUUGCUCUGUCGGAUUUAAUAUUACAUUUGGAAUCUCUGGCUUAUAAAUUGUUACCGUUUGCAGUACCAGUAAAUAACUGCAUUGAUCCUGUGUUUAGGGAUGAGUUGAAUUUCAAUUAUUUGAUGAGUAAGAAACUGUUGCUGGACAAUAUUCUUGGUGUUCUGCAAUCAUAUCAGGAAGUAAUGAGUGGUCAAAAGGAUUUAAUUUUAUAUUCGAAAUCUCAACACCCAUUCAUUGCCUGUUUACUAGAAACAAGAAAUUCAUUUUCAUCAUUAAUAAAAUUAUUGGAUUCAUUCCUGGGAACGGUCCAUAAUUGUUAUCGCCAGUUAUCACACAUCAAUAUGAAUCGUCUAGACGAUUUACCUCAAGUUAAAAUGAAGUUAGCGAUAGCACAAAUAGAAAGCUUUUCAAAAACGAUCCAAUUUUUCUGUGAAAGGGUAUUAGCGAUAUAUAGUGCCUUUCCGGAUAUUGUUUUCCCGUAUGUUAUGCUUUUGAACGUUCUGGUCGUGGCUAAUUCGUAUAAACGUUUACAUUUACUCCGAAAAAUGCACUUACACCAUUUAAGUGUUACUUACAACUUCCCAUCUGAGUGCAAGAUCAAAUGGAGUUUUUUUUAUAAUCAACUUGAUUGUGACGUUUUAUUCGAUUGGUGUAUUUCGGAGACUACUACAAUGCCGAAACAAUUACAGAAGGAAUUAGUUGCCUUUUGUUUAUGGCAAAAUAAACAGAGUAAAAGCAUUUAUGACUCAGAACGGUGUGUAAUCGAAAGUUCUAUUAAAUGGAUUAAAAGGAAAAUUGCAGAAAAUGAAUGGCAAAAAUGGUUUGAAGAUCAUACUGAAAAGCAAGAAGAAACUUAUGUCUAUCGAGAAAGAAACGUAAGACGUGAAGAAAGAGACGUCGAUGAAGAUGAAAUCAAGAUGCAUGAGCUUCUACCCGAUUUUUCUUCUGUCGGCUCUGAAAUGCACGAAUUUGAUGAUGUAUGUUAUAAGUUGAGCUCAAAAGAUUACAUUACUGGUGAAAAUUUGGCAGAACUACUCUAUUUGUUAGUGGAUAAAAAAGAUAUCAACUAUUGCAAUAUACAUAUGGCUUUCGCAUGGAUAAUCGAUACAAUGUUAUCGUGUGUUUAUAAUCUCCGUGCUUUGAAAAAAAUUGGUGUGAAUGGAGAUCUACAAUCAUUUGAUGUUUAUCGCAAAAAUAGCCGAUCAGAGCUUGAAAAAUGUAUCGCAGCAAUAAAACCAUUAAUGGAACGUGUAAAAAGUUUAAAGGAUAGCUGGCCAGAAGUGACAGUUUUGAAUGAUAUUCUAAAGGUCAGUAUCAAUGCUGAUUUGUGGGAACGAGUCGCAGAUCAUAAGCAUUCUUUGGAAAAUGAACUUGGAAAUCUGCGAAGUUUGUUAGUGAGUUGGCGAAAAAUGGAAAUACGCUGCUGGGAUAAUUUGCUUGUUCGAGAAGAGAUUAUUUCUGAGGAGCAAACGUUAUUGAUGUCAUGGCCACUUUUUGAAGCACUUGAUAGAAACGAUAAGAGUGACGAUGAUAUUAUAGCGAUGACUAUUGAAUGGAUCCAAAACUCUACAUUAACUGAUUUCAAAACUCGUUUAUUGACUGCCAAGUUACUUGUCAAGUUUAUCACGCUUACAAAAAAAUGUGGGAAGAUCAAGUUCUGCCAGCGUCUCGAAUCAGUAGUAGCAUAUUUUGAACAGUUUAACACUGUAAUUGACCAAAAAUUAGCUGAGAAGAAAGAGCCAGUUAUGAAGAAAUUAAGCGAUUUUAUAAAAAUCAUGAAAUACAAUGACUUGAAUUUGUGGAGUGUGAGACUGUCAGCUCAAAAAGCUCAUAAGCAGUUGUUCCGUAUAGUCAAAGAAUUCAGACUGUAUGGGACUGACGUAGUUGCUCCCAUAUUUGAUGAACUUUUGCCGAUUUCAUCAGAUUAUGAAGCUGUAGCAACCUUUGCUGCUGAUCAAGUGCCAUGUGAUGAUUUUUAUGCAAGACGUGCAGCUGAAUUGACUCAAGCAGUUGCGAAUUGUUUGACGAAUAAAAUCAAUCUGGACAAUAUUUUAGAACUUAUGGAAUAUACAAAAUGUUGUGAUAGUCUUAUUCGGCAAGAUGUUCGUUACAAAGGUGAUGAUAAGGAGAAAGAGAAACAACGAGGUCGUUCAUUAAGCGAGCGACAAAAGAUAGAAAGAGCAGUCGCACGGUUUUUCAAAAAUAGUGCUGCACUUGGUUUAAGUAGUCGGAAAGGUUUAGUAGUUGAUACGGAACAAUUAACAGCAAAUGUUGUUUCUGGUAUUUUUGAAAAUACAAUCUUAGCAAAGUUGAUUAGACAUGGAGGAGCUUCACGAAAUAUUGUCCUAAAAAAAUUUCACAAGCCUAAUACUCAAAUAGACGCCAAAUCAAUGAAUCAUUUAAAAGGACUUACAGAAUUUAUUUUAAAUGAACUGUGUAAGUGCAGCCAAGUGUUGACCUUUUCAACGAAGGUAUUGUGGAAAAUGGAACAAGCAAAAGAUAUGUUGGUAAAUUGUUGUGAAAAUGUGAAGAGUCUCGAAAAAAAUUCUUUACUUGUUAGUCAGCAGUGGUUACAUCGUCUUCAACACUCAAAACGAUGCCUAACCGAAUUUAAUGCAGUUUUGGAAUUUAUGUUAGCAAAACUCGAAAACGCUCCUGAAAAUUAUUCUGGUGAUGAAGAAAAAAUUCUCCAGUUUAGUGGUUUGGUUGAUAGCGCACUGUCAAAGUUAUAUAAAAAUGAUGCUAAUUAUAUUGUCACUUUGAAAAGUAUUCAGAAAAUACAGGAAGCGUCAGCAAAAAUACUUGAAGCUGUUGAUUGUUCACUGCUUUAUUCACGAAAUUGUGAGGAAAUCGUUAUUUGGAAAAAUUCCGAAGUAUUGCAUAUCAUCGAGCUAGUAAGAUUGGAGAUUAAGGAAAUGGAAGCAACUUUAUUUUCCAUUUCCUUUAUAAUGGAAGAAGAAGUUCAUGAAGCAUUAACGCAUUUAUCGGAGAUAGGAAAAUCACUUCUAGAUCCACCAGUAAUUUCGCAAAUAACUGAAGAUGUGGUCUGGAAUGGAACUGAAACUCUUUUAUUAGUAUUGCAAAGCAUCUAUAAGCAUACAACCUCAGCUGAUUUUGAUAGCUUCAGCUUUAUAAAUGCAUUUAAAUGGUUAUCCGUUUUGCUGCAAAAUGUAAAUCUUGACAGGUCGGUAGAAAAAAUUUGGAAUUUGUGUGCGGAGUUAUCGAAUGGUGAUAUAUCAGUUAAGUUCAACUGCUUAGAACAAAUAAUUUCCGUGAGCAGCACGGUUUAUAGAAUUUUCGCUUUCAUUUGGGAUUUAUUACAAGAUUGUGCUGUGGUUUUGGCCUUGUACUAUAUUAGUUUCACAUCAAUGAGUGUCGUACUUCUUGACAGAGGUUAUGUGAAUCCCAUUGAAAAGCGUGAGGAAGGUAGUGAAGGAAACGAAGGUAUACUUCAGUCAUAUGACGAUGAUGUUGCUGGACUUGGCGAUGCGAAAGGUGAAAAAGAUGUUGGUGAUGAUAUCGAUGAAACAGGACAGGUAAUGCAUAAAAUCUGGACACAAAAAAUGCACUCACUGAUAUCGGUGGUUGAGGGUUUAAAAAAUGAUGAGGAAGACAUGAGUGAGAACGAAAAAGGAAAUGAAAAGGAUGACAAACCUCUUGAUAUGGAUGAUGACUUUGGUGGUUGUCUGGAAGACAUUGAUCGUGAAGAGCAAAAUGAUAAUGAAAAAGAUGGAAGUGGAGAAGAGGAUACACCGGAAGUGGAUAACGAGAUGGGGAAUAUUGACGAAAGUGAGGAGGAAAAAUUGGAUCCUGAUUUGUGGGAUGAGGAUGAGAAUGAGAAUGACAAUGACAAAGAAUUAGAUGAAGGCAGCAAAGGUGCAAAUUCUAGGACACAUGGUUUAGUAGCAAAAACCAAUGAAAGUACAUGUAGAAAUGAUGAAGAAAAAUCGGAAGAGCAAGAAAGGGAUAAUGAAGUUUCUGCCCUCAGUGCUGAUGAUGAAGCCUCCGCGAUCGAUUCUAGUGAUGAUAACGACAUGGAAAAUCCUGAUGCGAGUAAAGUGAUGGAUGAAAGUAAAAGUGUUGAGGAUAAAGAGUCGUUACAAAGUGAUAAUGAUUGCAGUGAAGUUGAUACAGUUGAAGAUAAUAUGGAGUUUAACAACGAUACUGAACUGGAUGACAACAACAACCCUUUAUCUUGUGAUGAAGAACAAAUUGCUAGUGAGAUAGAUGAAAACGAAAAUUCUGGCUUGCACGAAGAGUUGCAGAAUGAUAAAAUCUCUGUGGUAGAAGGUAAUGGAAACGAAGAAGGAGGAUUUGACAAGCUUUCGAAAAUUUCUCCUGAUAUUUUACGAAAAGAAAAUAUAGCGGAAAGUAAUUCGACCACCGAAUCAGAAGCUCUAGAAAGCGCUGCUUCUGGUGAAAAAGGUAAUAAUGGUAAUGAUCAGGAAAAGCUGGAAAAUAUAGAAAAAUGCGAGAAAAAAAAACAAAAAGAAGAACUACGGGAACUAGCAGAUGAUAUUGCUGAUAUUUCAUUGCAAAAAAAUUUGCCAAAUGAAGGUGGGGAGCAAGAUGAAGAAAGCUCUGAUUUCGGGCAUACUGAACAAAAUAGCAUUGGUUCUCGUGAACAAAUCGUCAUAGAUAAAAGUUCUAUUGAGGAAGCGAAAAAUUCCAAAGCCCAUAGAGAUCAUUUAAAGAACCAUAAUUUAUGUUUGGAGGAUGUGAAAGAGAAUUCAGAAACUGACAUAGAGAUGCUAGAAGAGAACAAGAAGGAUGACUUUUUCGAUAUGAAUGAUAUUAGAUCAGAUAUCCGAAACUCUGUUAUUCACAUGUCAGCAGACUUCUAUCAUUUGCAGAUGGAACCAUCAAGUUGUGGCAUUACCUCAGUGGAUUUGGAAGAGGUAAUGUCUUCAAGCACCGAUGCAGAAGAACGAUGGAAUAAAAUUUCUGAUUCAGUUUCGGUUUUAGCUGCUGAACUUUCAGAAAGUCUUCGAACGAUUAUUGAACCAACAGUGUCAUCGAAAUUCGAAGGUGAUUAUCGAACCGGGAAAAGGCUUAAUAUGCGUCGAUUAAUUCCUUAUAUUGCUAGUGGAUAUAGAAAGGAUCAAAUUUGGUUACGUCGUACGAAGAAAGCUCGGCAUAAUUAUCAAAUUUUAAUAGCUGUAGAUGAUUCGGCAUCUAUGAAUGAUAGCCAUAUUAAAUUGAAAGCAUGUCAGAGUGUUGCACUGAUAGAAUGUGGUCUUAGAAAAUGUGAAAUCGGGCAAUUAGGUAUAUGCAAAUUUGGUGCUUCUACAAAACUGAUUUCAAGCUUCUCGAAUUAUGACAGUAUUUCAAUUGGUGGAGCCUUGAUAAAUGAAUUGAACUUUGAUCAAAAUCGAACUGAUUUAGUUCUUCUGCUUAGACAAAGUAAAAUGAUAUUUGAAGAGAACAGAGGCCGCGAAAGAAACAAUCAGAUGUUAAUUAUUGUGUCAGAUGGAAGAGGGGUUUUAGCAGGUGGUGCGGAAGCGAUUAAAAAAGCUGUGGCAGAACUUCACGCUGAUGAAAUUACAGUACUUUUUGUAGCCAUCGAUAGUGGUGAGGAAUCAAUUGCAGAUAUGAAAGUAGCUGAAUUUACACCUGGUGGAGGUGUGAAUCUUGUUCCAUACCUUAAUAAAUUUCCGUUUCCGUUUUAUGUGGUUGUUAGACAUAUUGCAAUGUUACCUGUUACAAUUGCUGAUGCUGUCAGGCAGUGGUUUGCACUUGCGGCAUCUGCCUGAUA